AUGAAGAUGGACUACCCUCCUUACUGGAAUUUUAAGAUUUCAUAUGGGGGGAUGAUAUUACCAGUGAAGUAUGCUCUAUUGAUCAUUGCUGUUGUCUUUCUUCUUGGGACCCUUAGCAUCUUGGCAUGGCAGGCCUGCAGAUACUGUGUUCAUACACAUACACCCCAGGGAAUAGGUGAUUAUUCAGCAUCUGAAGACAAGAAUCCAGAACAACAGUGCCGUGAGGUUGACACUAACAGGUUCAGUCUGUCUUCUACAACACUUUCCGCUUCAGAGUACUGUCAACUAAAUGGGGACAUGAAGGAAGAGCUAGUCAAGGUUGGGGGAUUGCUAAGGUUCUCUGUGCAUUAUGACCACAUACAGUCACAUGUAGUAGUAACCAUUUUGCAACUUGAGCGUCUUCAGCAACACUGCCAUAGCAGCGACUUCCAAGUUUUUGUCAGGCUUCUACUACUGUGGGACAAAUCUCAAGGUGCUGAGAUGGAGGUUUAUCAAGACAUUAAGGAUCAACAGAAAGAAUGUUUCAUGUGGACAGUUAUCCAAGAGUGGCGGUCUUGCAUUGUCAGAGGCAGCUCCUGCCCAGUUUUUGGUGACCAAUUCAGCAGUGUACUCCAAGAACAUAUAAGGCCUCAUCUCAUCACACUCAAGAUGGAGGUGAGACACAUUGAUACAUUUUCCAAACAUAAAGCUCUAGGGGAGGUAAGAGUACCUUUUAAUGAACUGAACAUAUCGACUCCUGUUGAACUACAAAGAGAACUACAAGUUCCACAAAAGGACCUUGUUGGGGAACUUCUACUGUCUUUAAAUUUUUUACCAACAUUACAGAGACUUGAAAUAGGACUUUUAAAGGUGAAGGUGGCCACUAUUAACACCUCUUCAAUCACAGCUCUUUGUGCAAGAAUCAGUGUUAUGUGCAACCAGUACCGGCAGAAGUCACAAAAAUCCUCUGUGGUGGCUCAUAGCUUUGUAACUGUCUUCAAUGAAGCCUUCUACUUCCCACUGUCAGAAGUCCCUGUGGUGCAAUGUAAAAUUUCUGUGUCGAUCUUUCAAAAGGAAAUAAUGAAAAGAAAGUCACCUAAACGUCUUAUUGGACAAGUGAUUUUGGGGAAGGACAAAACAUUUGAGGACAAGCACUGGACUCAUAUGAUGCGUUCAGUCCGCCAUCCUGUGACUUUAUGGCAUGCGAUAGUAAUAUAA